UCUGCUCAGAUUUAGCGGAGCUCCGCCUCAACUCACUCAGACCUGUAUAAGAAGAACAUGUUUCCUGAAAUCCUUUGUACUUGUUGUUUGGUGCCAGAACAAAACCGCACUAUUAGGUGAAAGCUUUUCAAAGGAAGUGCGGCAGGUGGCUUAAGGUUUCCUUCCUGACUGAAGAGCUGAGAUGCUGGACAGAUUUAUACUGAGCCUCCUGUUGCUGGGCCUGACUCUGGUCCUGUUAGGGCCGGCCUGUGAAGCCUCUUCUCUGGGCCUGACGGUCCACGUUGUGCCCCUGGACAGCGAUGGAGGGAAUAUGGUGCAAGCUCACUUCAGUGCCAUCGCUCCCACUCCUUGUCCAUCUUUGUCUGGACUGUGUGCUGUAGGGGAGGAGGGCUGUCUGGUCCACACGACCUCAGUACCUUUCAAUGGAACCAAACCCGACUUUGGCUGGUGUGUCCGCCAGUGGCAGAAAACUGUCCCCAGCAAUUACAGCGCCACCAUAACUUUAGGGUCCAACACAGAAUUUUAUGUAUCAAUGAAAGCAGGACCAAAGAUUCGUGCAAACAGCGGGAGACUCAACCAACCUGCUUAUGUUGCUCUCCCUCCUCCACUAAGGGCCCGUGUGAACUGCCCUCACCACUUCCAUUUGUCAGUUAAAGACCUGGAUGGUGACAGGGUGACAUGUCGCUUUGCCCGGCCCGACGAGGGAGAGUGUCUCAACUGCACUCAGCACUCUUUUAUAGAGCUGGAAGAGGAGACAUGCAUGUUGACGUUCACUGGAAAAGCCUCAGCGGGACAGUAUUUCAUCUACCUGAUGGCGGAGGACCUGAUUCCUGUGCCCAAAAUAAGCCACGUCACAGACAACAAACCCCUCAGCUCUGUGCCUGUUCACCUCUCUCUCACUGUGGAGGAGUCGACUUCUAGCUGCAGUGAUGAACCUGUGGCAGCAGGUGAAACCCCCAAAGAGGACGCCACGCUGUUUGUCCUGCCGUACCAGGAGGUGCAGUUCCAAGUCGACUUUACAUCACGGCGGGAAAGUGUUUCAGAGGUAGCAGUGGUCGGUCCGCCUGAACUGUACAGGGUUGGCUUCAAAUCAAUCGGCCCCCUGUCGACCAUGAAAAUGGCCUGGGUCCGCUCCGCAAACAAACUGGCCCGCCUUUUGCCCAUCUGCUUCGCUGUGAAUACCAAGAGUUUGCAGUCAGAGCCCAGAUGUGUGUGGCUGUACCAAAGGGAGAUGAUGACGCUACCUGCUGGAACAGAGUUGACGUGUGAGAAGACAGAGAUGACUCUGCUGCUCCCUAUCGACUCCCUGAUUGACAUCAACCUGUCCGAGCUGCAGCUCAACAGCCCCACCUGUCCCGUCACCUACAACAGCACACACCUGACUGCACGCAUCUCCCUGUCUGGCUGCGGCACCAAGCGUGUGCACUCUGGUUCAGAGCUGGUUUACACCAACACCUUGCAAAGUGUGCGUCCUCUCACGAUGGUCAGCCGCAAGCCCUCCCUCGUCCUCCCUCUGGCCUGCCGGAUCCCUGGAGCCCAGGUCAAGGGACCGCAGUACACGAUGGCCUUGCCCACAGAGACGGAGGCCUUCGGUGAGAUCCGUAUUUGGGUAGAAAUGCACCUACCAGGAGAGGGGCCCCUGUCAAAGUUCACACGCAGCCCCAAGUUACGCUCCCUCCGGAUGCGUCGAGAAGUAGGACCACUGUCAGGGACGAACGGGACCUCCACCAACUCCACUGAUAACAGCACCUCCAGCAGCUUGGCCCUUGGGGACAGGUACAACCAGCUGGACCUCCAUGUGUUGUCCAACUGCAGCAUUGAACGAGCCGAGAUGGUAGUGACCAACUGUUAUGAGUCUGCGACAGAGGACUUUGCAGUAUCCUACCCCCUUUUGGAGCAAGGGUGUACAAGCUCCGACACCACAUUAGAGGUUGUUACAACAAAAACCAAUUCCAAGGUUUACCGCCUUGAUCUGAGUUCCGUGAAGACCCAAGGAUCAACGAUGUAUUGCCAGUGCACGGUCAAUCUGUGCAUCGCCCUGCUGCCCUCUCAGAAGUGCCCAGAUCUGUGUAGUCGCUCCAUUAAUCACAGAGCGGUGGUUCAGAGUGUGUUUACCAAAAGCUACACCGUUAAAUCAGCAGCUGUCAGCCUCGUGGUCACCACUACUGCAGCGCCCACAACAACCAUCAUCACUACUACAACCACAACCACAACUACUACUGCUACUGCUACCGAUACCACAGCUACCGAUACCACCACCUCACAUGCUCCAGAACAGGCCUCAGCCAUGGCAACAGGAGUGAUUUUGAUGACAAUCAUCAUACUUCUUCAAAACAUCUUCCUUUACUGAACAUGCUGCUGGAUGAUGAUCUGUGAGAAUAUGAAGCGCUACAUUUGCUUGUUUUGGACAUUUUGAAGAUUGAAUCCCACACAUGAUUCCCCUGCAUAUUUUGAGCUUUUUCAGAGAAGCAAAUAAAAGCAAGAGAACACUACAUGGCUGUCAAAAAAAAA